GAGUUGAGUUUAGACGGAAUUUGGCCACUAGUUCAGUUUUUUGUUGCUCGAAGAGAUAUUUUUGGAUAAUAUUCCGGUUUCUUUACUGCUUUCGUUAUUAUUGUUUCCCUUAACACCGAAAUCUAACAGUAAUGUUUUCAUCAUGCUGUAGUGCUGUUUGGUUAGCAAAUUUACAGUAAGGAAAAACUCAUAAAAAUCGAUCCUCACCCAUACCAAGUUUCGCACGAAUGCGAAGGCAGUGACAAUGAUAAUGGAUGCAGCCAAGCAUUACGGCCUGAGUCAACGCGCGAAUCUGUCGGAGGCCGUCAAUUUACCGCUUCGUAACACUAAACGGAUCAAGUUCACUUGUUUUGACGUUUCCGAGAAACAUCUCGUGUUCGGGGCCAACUCCGGAAGUUUGUACGUGUACGACCGCAACACCGUCGGCUUCCUGUGCAUCAUCCCGAGCCAGUUGGGCACCAUCAGUCAGCUUUUGAUCUCGCACAAUGGCAAGCAGGUGGCAGUGGCCAAUCUGCGGGGUUCGAUCGGUAUCGUGCUGGAUCUGGAGAACACUUCUACGGCGAAGGAAGUAUUACUGACCGAGCUUGGUGAUGGCGUCAGCGGCAGUGGGAGCAAUGGGGCCUACGUCAGCAGCUUUUGCUGGGGUGAGGAUGACCGGGAGCUAUACUGUGGAGAUUCUAAGGGAACAGUGUCCUUGUUGCAGUUGGCGAUGUUCAUGGGACGAAAUAUCGUAAAUGUUAGUCUGAGUCCUAUUUUGUUUUUGGAUAGCCAUGUAGUACAAGUUGACCGGUAUCGAAAUUUGUUACUCGUAUCGACACUGUUCAAAUGUGUAUUGUGCAAUACGGCUCGUGAGGAGUUCAAACAGAUUGGAAAUCGCCCACGUGAUGGUACGUACGGUGCGACGUUUAUUGUAACGUCGAAGGACGAUUUAUCAGUGCAAAUAGGGGAUGACAAUGAUAAUCAUAAAGCACCAUCUCCUUCAUACAACAGCGACCCUCAUGAUAGUCCGUCAAACGCAGAAGACGCGCGAAUAUUUUGUGCUCGACCAGGAUCACGUUUGUGGGAAGCUGAUUUGGAUGGAAAUGUCUUACGAACGCACCAGUUUAAACCAAAAUCGAAAGAUUCUCCAGAUGUGCAGAAUGAAAUAAUUCCUUUCCAACGCCUGCAAACCAUUUUGGGUCGGUUAAUAUUGGUUCACGAUGCGAAAGAAAUCGUAAUCAUUGACCCGAUAGCAUCACGAGUAGUACUGUGGCUUAAUGAGUUUGAUCAAAUCACUCGGAUUGCCGUAACCGGAGAUGAAAUUUAUGUCUUUGCCGGACAUCAGUCACUCCACAAACUAAAGCUGGAGACGGAGAAACCUAACAAACCACCAAAGAACACGCUCUUGAGCAAGGGAAGUAACGGGAAAAAGAGUUCACCCUUUCGAGAGAACGGAGUGUACAUUCUAGAUCAAUUUUUCAACAAUAACAACAAUAGCGGUUCCAAAGACGGUUCACUUCAAUCGGAAGUUACAAUCAAAGAAGCUCUAGUAUCAGUCGUACGUGGAAAAUAUGGCCGUAACAUAAAGCAAAUAUUCCUCGGUUAUGAUCAAAUUGGCCCGGAACGUCCCAAAACGCUCAACAUUAACAAGGUGUACAACUACGAAGAGAAUUACAACGAUAUAGCGCGCAUUUUACCCACCGAAGAUAAUGACACAGGAGAGGACAGCACCGAAGAGGUGGUCCCGAAGAGAAGCGCACCAAAGAAAAUGUUUUCAAUGUCACUGCUAAACGAUUAUCAAUUGACUGAGGACGAUAAGACGGUUAGAAAUCUGUACUUAGUUUAUCGCUCGUCCAGUAUAAGCAAUCUCAAUUUCGCUGAUCGAUAUGCUAAGAUUUUCGACACAUACGAUAGUCGAACGAUUGUCAGUUUACUGUACAAAUUAGAAAUCGUAAUGGAAGAAAAUGAGGAAGAGCAACCAAGGCUCAAGUGCAUACGGAUUUAUUUCGAUUACUUAAAAGUUGAGCUCAUAUGGGAGAUGGAUGAAGAGUCGAGAGCCUAUAUCAAACAAAGUUUUAUCGAAUACAAUGAAAAACUGCUCGAAGAAGAACUUGGCCAGUUGGAAAAAUGUGAAUCUUGUGAGCAUUAUCUAAGGACUACCAGUUGUUGUCACUACAACGAUAUCGGUAACACUCUGGUGCAAUAUUAUUGGUCUCGAAAAGAGUAUAACCAAUGCUUCGAGCUCGUCCAGAAGGUUCCCUACCUUUGGUUGGCCAUCACGAAAUUCCACAUACAAGAUCAGCGUGGCGAUAAAUUGAUCCAAUGCUUGUGGAAUGUAGGUGACUGUGGCCUAAUGGAACGAGCAGCCAAUGAAGUGUUUACACCAGACCUUUGGGGCCAGCUGUUCGAUUUGAUGUUAACUUGCUACAAUAGCGAUAGUUUGAUGUGUUUGAACUGUGAUAAACUUUGCACGUUCUCCGAUUCCCGUCGUAAUCCCAUGCGUUUAGCUUCGAGCGUGAAUGACAGUGUGACGCUUCCUGGCACUAAAAGUAGUAAAACCAGCAGCAACUUUUACAGCUGGAAUUACAUGUUGAAUGUGGCCAUUAACAGUAAGCGCGUAAGUGGAAAGGCCAUUUUACAACUUUUACGUGGUUACGCCGAGUAUAUUCCCAGCGGUGCUAUCAGUACAAGUUUCUAUCUCAAAUGUUUGAUAGACAGCAGUGACUAGAUUUCAAACAAAGACAUUUACAUUUACCUGGCAAGAUUUUGUGCGCGCAAAUUUUAGCUUAUCAGAAAUAGAACCUCAACGCUUAAGAAGCUACAUAAUCAAAACAGUAUAUCGAUCAUUAAACAAAGCCAGUUCAAGCUAUAUCAAUCAAUCGUUACGAAAGUCGCUAAUCAAGCUGGUAACGCAGGCGUUACCGCCGCCGCCGCCUAUCAAUAAUCGAUAAAGCUAUACGUAGAAAGCUUUCAGUGUUCAGUCCCAGAAUCUACUAGAGCUCAAGCUUCCCUUAUGGUAAAGUAAUUCUUUAGAAUAGUUUAUGUUAAUCCAAUCGGCAUGAAGUAAACGCAAUCACUUAAUAUAUACAGAAACAUUUUAUUUUCUUGAAAAUAAAUACACUCAA